AUGGGCCAAGUCAACGACACUAUUAUUACACAAGGCAUGGUCGGGAGGGAGGUGCUCAAUUCCCAAAUCUACGAUGACCAUGGAGAUCCUUAUCAUGCGGCGCUUGAAGAUGCGUCUGGGAAUACCACCAUUAGCUUCCAGACCUGGGCUGCAGUCUUCUUUCUCGGGCUGUCGCUCACGUCGGGCAUAAACUUUCCCCUCAGCAUAUUCGUCGCCGCCUCGUCCACAGUGGCCAAGGAGAUGCAAGGAAACGUGAACAACCUGAACUGGAUUGCCGGAGGGUGGUAUCUCAGCGGCAGCAUCGCCUUUGCGAUGGGCGGGCAACUGAGCGAUUACUUUGGUCGAAAGGGCGUUGUGCUUGCGGGACAGGCCUUGUUGCUUGUUGGCCACCUCGUCGGCGCUCUAGCCCAGACAUUCAACCAGCUGAUUGCCGCCAUGGUUAUUAUUGGAGCCGGUACAGGCUUGGUCUUUGUUGUGGUCACGAAUUCUAAUAUGAUCGUCGGCGACAUCUCGGGCGCCGUGGCUCUUGUUGGCACAGUUUUUGCCUACCACCCGCCACGCCAAGUCUAUAUUGAUCGCACAAAGAAAGACAUCUUGCUGGAACUAGACUACGUUGGCCUGCUCAUGUACACGGCAAGCAUAAGUCUCCUUUUUCUCAACCUAGGAUGA